AUGUCCAAGGUAUCUAGUGUACCUGUAGAGAGUUAUAUUCGGUAUUCUAGUCCCAUUUGGAGACAAAGCGUCUCUGAGAAUACUUCGGGACUCCUUGAUUCAGCUUCGUUUAGUGCCAUCGAUACGCCAACUAAAGUGAACUAUCCUCUGUUGUUGAACAGCUCAAUAAUGAGUCAGCAGCAUGUUAGAAUUAUAAAUGAGCAUAUGGUCCCACGUAGAAAGAGCGAAGAGCUUUCUACUGGACUCAAGGGCAAUUCUUGCUUGCAAAAUUUGGAGUUGAUCGAUAGCUCACCGCUUACUUUAUACAAUGUCAAGGGCUGGAGGCCAGAAACAGAAAUCUUGUCCGAUUGUCGGAAUCAAGACGAAUUGAUCAAAGCUAAGGAUGUUUACAGAAACAUAUAUGAAACUAGUCCCCUCACUGCAAGCUUGAGCUCGAAAUCAACGAGAUCUUCAACUAGUGUUAAAGCUCAACUUAGUGUCAUAAAAAGGUUUAAUAAGGAAAUAACAACGAUAAUGCCAUUUCUGCUGCCAAGUAUAGAGCAAGAACAUGAGCAUGAACAAGAACAAGAAAAUGAGCACGAGGAGGUCGAGGUCGAGGUCGAGGAUCUUUAUCCAAGGAAAAUUGAUUCUUUUCAAGAUAGGCUCACAAAAGUGGAUCUGUCAAUAAUGAAAAUCAGUCUGGUAAUAAAUUCAGAAAGUAAAAGUGGUUGUGGCAGCGGCGGCGGCGGCGGUGAUGUUGCUGCUGCUGAGCUGCAACAACUAAAUAGAGCUGUUACCUCUACUCCAACCUCAAAUUCAACAACCUCAAAUUCAGCAACCUCAAAUUCAAGUCAUCAGUCAAAAAAGAAUUCGAUAAAACAGCUUGAUUCUUUAUCCUUUGGAUAUCCAGUAACCUUGAAUAUUCUGCGACUGAGGUGCCCUGAAGAAAGACCCAUAUGUAGUCAAUGUAUUAGAUUGAACUUGAACUGUGAUUACUCAAUUGAGCGACCACCUUACAUGGACAAGGGUCAUUUGCACAUAGCGAAACUCGAAGAAAUCAGAGCACUUACAGGGAACGUGAAAAAAUCUAAUUUACGUGAAAUGUACACGAAACGGAAACGCCAAUUGACAACAUCAACAACAACAACAACAACAACAAUAACACCUGAAAAGAGAGGAAGUGAUCAUUUUCAUCAGAAUUGA